AUGUCUCAAAAUAUUGUUCAAGAGAUGGCAUCCUCCUUGAGGUCCAGCAAAGCCCAACUGGAAGUUGUUAACAGACAAUUAGCUCAGUUAGAUAGACAGAAAAAGCUAGCGCAAGUAACAGCGAAGGAACUGGAAACCUACCCGGUUGGGAAAGUGUGGAGAUCGUGUGGGAAAGCGUUUGUAUUACAAGACAGAUCUACAUAUACUAAGGAUCUCGGAAGUGACGAGAAAUUGGUAGAAGAGCAGCUGAAAUCUCUCAAAAUCAAGCAGCAUUACUUACAGACCACUGUGGACAACACUGUGGAAAGCCUGAGACGUGUUAUUGAACAAACCUAA